CUUUUUGACCAAUCACUUGCCAGCCUGGCUCGUCUUCCUGCUUUACUGAGUUUUUUUUUACCCCCGGCGAGUGGAGUAGUAAUUAUCCAAUCCGAAUUAAAAAAAAAAAAAAGCACGGCGUAACCAGGACGGGAUCCGCAUCGUUUACACCUCAGCAGGACGGACGGAGAUCAUGGGUGGCGUCAAACAGGAGCAGAAUGAUGCUCCGCAGCACGCUCGAGCCUCGCAAUCCACAGAACAGCCUCAAGACGAGCCUAAGAAGCGGGGAUGGCCCAAGGGCAAGAAAAGGAAGAAAGUGCUACCCAACGGUCCCAAGGCGCCAGUAACCGGGUACGUCCGCUUCUUGAAUGAGCGACGGGAAGUGAUGCGGGCUCGAUAUCCGGAUCUACCAUUCCCGGAAAUCACCAAGAGGCUCGGAGCAGAAUGGACGCGAUUAGCACCAAAUGACAAACAGCGUUACCUGGAUGAGGCAGAGCGGGAGAAGAUGCAGUACGCCCAGGAACUGAAGGAAUAUCACCAGACGGAGGCGUAUCAGAUCACCAGCACCAAGAUACAAGACAAGAGGAUUAAGAAAGAGGAUAAUCCCUCUGUAAUUAUCAGUGCCAGUUCAGGCUUGCCAAAGACAUCUGAGCUCCCAAGCAGGUUUGACAUCCCGAUCUUCACAGAGGAGUUCCUUGAUCAGAAUAAAGCUCGAGAGGCGGAGUUGCGUCGACUUCGCAAGGCCAACGUUGAGUUUGAGGAGCAGAACGCGGUGCUGCAGAGGCACAUCAAAGACAUGUACAACGCCAAAGAGCGCCUGGAGGCGGAGCUGAACCAGGACGAGAAGCGCACGCAGGCUCUUCACCAGCACUUGCUGGCCAUUAAGCAUACGCUUGUCAACAGUCUGUCUGUUGUGCCGCUACCAGGCACAGGCGAGACGGCGUCCCUCGGAAACCUGGAUUCGUAUCUCAGUCGUCUCAGCGGUGCGCUCGAAGGGAACCCUCACAAGCACCGCGCCUUGCUCACGCAGCUUUGUGACGUCCUCUCUCACCUGGACAGUGAGAAGUUGUAGGAAAGCAGCACAACCCCUCCCGCCUCCCAAGUCAUUCCUGCAUUCCGGACGAGUUUCGGGCAGAGCGUCGUCGCGCGCAUUCGGCGCCAUCUGAGCCGAUGGUGCAGAUGUCUCAAGGGAUGGAAAGGGCAGUGGCGUGAACACAUCGUUGGUCAGAGUGUGCACUGCUCCUCUUCUGUAGACAUUUGCGACAUUUCAUUAAAAUGUGCAGAAACUAUUUCUAUUUCCUCUGCUUACUUUGUCAGUAAUAAUGAGUUUACAAGUAAUGCCGGGUGGCAUUGGUGGCUGGGAUCAUUUGUGUGUUAUUUAGGAUAAUUGAAACGUUGUAUGAAUUAUGCUUUUGACUUGAUCAUGGAAUGUUGUCAUAUCAUUUUAUAUUAUUUCUUGUGAACUAUAUUUGUAUUGUUUCCAAAAUGCUGUUUGAAACAGUGCUGAAAAUAUUUCCAAUAUAAGGUAAACAAUUUUG